AUGGAAAACUAAUCUUAGGUUUAAGCUUCCAAUUAAUCAUAAUCAAAACAUAAAUAAUAAGAUUCAAAUAGAUCAGUUAUACAUCCAGAUAGUUUUCUCUCAUAAAAAUAAAACAAUUACAGUUAACAAUCUCAAGCAUUUAAUGGUUCAUAACUUAAAAGAAAAAGUUCCACUUAAAAUAAUAAUGAACCUUUAAUAUAAAACAAUGAUUAUGAAGAUUAAAAUGAAUAUAAUGAAUUAAGUAAAAGUCAAAACGAUCAAGAUUCCUUAAACUAAAUAGAGCAUUAGGCUGAUUAAUCUAAUUUAUAAUAUUAGGGUGAUGAUGCAGAAUAAAAUUUUCAUUAAGAUUAAUCUAAAAUUAUUGAAAAUACAGAGGAUUAAGAUUUUUAAGACUUACAAGAUGAUAAUUAAAUAAAAAAAUCAGAAGAUUAGAGUAAUAAAUAGACUUAAAUUGCAAAAGAAGAAAACUAAUCAAAUAUUAUUUUAAAAUAAGUACCAACUGAAAUUACAGAUAUCAAAUAAAAUGAUGAAGAAAUAUAAAAUAAUGAAAAAAUGUUAAGAACUUAGGAAGUUAUUGAGAAAUUCAAACAAGUUAUAAAAUCUCCUAAAACAAGAUCUCCAUAAUUAUCAUCAGAAGAUCCUUAUUAAUUAAAUAAACCAAUAAUCAAACCUUUAUAAUUAUCUUAAUAAGAUAAUGAAAAAAAUUAUGAAAAAAUAGUUGAUGUGAAUUUAAAAGAAAUUUAUAAAUUUUAUUCAAAAUAAGCUUAAACUUCAAAUAAAUAAAAUACUUUUGAUUAACUUCAUUAGAUACAAUAAGUAAUGACAUUAUAAAAAUUUAUGUAUUUUUGUAAAGAUUUUGAAUUAAUAGAUUUGGAAAUAAAUAAUGAUUUUGUCUAUUAACACACAGGCUAAGCAGUAACUAAACAAUUUAAUAAAAUUAAAUAUAAACAUAAAGAAAAAGAGAAUUUUAUUGUUACUAAAGUAAUUUUAGUAGAGAUUUUUAAAAAGUGUUCAAACAUAUAAGAAUUGACAUAUUAAGAAUUUUAAUAUGCUUUAAUAAAAAUAGCUGAUAUAAUAUUCCCAGUUGAAAAUUCUUUAAGAGCAUUAUAUAAUUAUCUUGGAGUUCAUGAUCAAAAAAUAUAUAGAAAAAAGAUGGUUGUUGUAGGUAAACCAUUUAAUACCAAAGAUCAAAGCGAAAUCUUGACAUAAGAAAAACUUUGUUCUCGUAGAUUGAUCUUACCAGCAAAACCUAAACCUAGAGCUGAAAGUUUCAAAUAAGAACCUCCAAUUAUAAAUGCUAAUAAUAUAUCUUUUUAAGAGAAACCAAAAAAUUCAGCAAAGAAUUUAUAAAAAUAAAAAGAGAAAUCUAACAAUCUAAUAAAUUGGGAAGAUAUAGGAAAUGUAACAAAAGAAUUUGAUCCUAAAGAAUUAUUACUUGAGUAGGACUUAUCAGAUAAGGAGGAUGAGUAUUAUUUAUAGGAAUAUUUAAUAACAACAGCAGAAAAAGGAAAAAGAGAUGAAGCAUUAUUAAAAGCAUCAUAAUAAAAAUAAUAAUAAUAAGUAGAAGAUAAAUAAUCUAAAUAAAAUAAUAAUAAUAUUACUAUAGAAGAUCAUUCAUAAUAAACAGCUAAUUAAUAAAAAUUAUAUAAAUAAUUACUAUAUUAAUAAUAGACCUAAUAAAUACAAUCAAAUACAUAAACUGAUUAAUCUCCUAAUAUUAAUUCCAAUUAAUCUAGUAAUUAAACUCCAUUGUUGUUAUCUAAAAAGAAAAAUCUUAUUACAACUAGAUAAUUAUAAGAAUCUUAAUCUUAUAGUUAAUCAUAUAAAGCGUAAUAAAUUAAAGCAAAUAAAUAAUCAGCAAAAGCAGUCUUAAAUACUUCUGUUGAACAUAGUUCUCCUAUUACAAUAAGAAAAGAAAAUGAAGGAUUUAAUGCUAUUAAAAGAGUUGAAGCUGAGAAAAAAUUAAGAGAAUAAUAAAUUUUUGUUGCUUUUAUGAAAAAUUAAGAAUUAAGAGAAAAAAAAGUAAAUAAAAAAUGA